AUGGAAGGCCUCGACUACAGUCGAUCCCCGGGGUUGAUCGCCGAAGACAAUAACGGGUCUUUUGGGCCCAGUCACGUCAUACAGCCCAAGUCCGAGCACACCCACACUGCGAUUAUUUUACACGGACGCGGCAGUUGCGGCGAGGAGCUUUUUCAGGAACUUGUUGCAUCAACGCUUUCCGAUGACUGCACCAUCAUAGACAAACUGCCCGGUUGGCGAUGGGUAUUCCCUUCCUCGAAGAAAAUAUGGAGCAUUGCUUUUCAAGAAAACAUGCCUGCUUGGUUUGAAGCACACUCUCUAACAGACCCUACCGCGCGGCAAGAUUUGCAAGUCGAAGGGCUUUGUGAGUCGAUAGACUAUAUCUCUCAAGUUAUGGAGGGGGAGGUUAAGCGACUUGGCGGCAAUCAAAAAAGAUUAGUCCUUGGCGGAAUCAGCCAGGGUGCUGCGGUUGGGAUGUGGACUCUGUUCUGCCAGCGAGAUCAAACUACAGGAUUGGGGGGAUUCUUUGCCGCCAGUACUUGGCUCCCAUUUGCGGCUGAUGUUGAAGAAAUCCUGGCUGGUCAGAAGCCGCUGCCAAAAAAGGGUCCUGAUGCGGAAAACAUGGCACCCAAGGAUGUGUUACUUAGCAUGAUACAAACCGUGGGUGAACGUCUCCGUCUAGGCAUUUUGGAACAAACUUCGAUAUUCAUGGGCCACGGCGUUGACGACGCAUACGUGGACGUGGAAUUAGGUCGACAGGCAGCACGUGUCCUGAAGCAAGGGGGGGGGGAUGUUGAAUGGAAGGAGUACGAAGGGGCGGAGGAAGAGGGGCAUUGGUUUAAGGUGCCAGACGAGAUGGAUGACAUUGGUGAUUUCCUUGUAGCUAUCUGA